CGAGAGCACUGCCCGAUCCAUCAAAGCGUCUCCUUCUUCUCCUCCUCGGCGGCGGAAGGCGAACAGCGAGGAACCCUAACCCUAACAACCAGUAGAUCCGAUCUGCAAGGUAGGUUCCGACCCCUAACCGUAAUCAGUAGUUCAUAUCCGGUUCCAACCCAGCCUGAUUUCUCGAGUCUUCGGUGAUUGAUUCGUGCUUGUUUGCACGAUGGCGGCUUCCCUUCGCGCGGCGGCGACGAGGAUCCUCCGUCCGGCGGGCCAGGGGCUUCGCCGGCUCGUCCACACCCAGGAGCAAUCUAGAUCCACCCCUUCCUUGGAGGGAGGAGACCGUGCAGCGCAAAUCCAGCAGAAGAAGGAGGAGCUGUAUGAUCUCAUUGCCCGUGCUCAGUCCAAGAAGGUUGGUCUAUUUUACACGGCUGCCCAGGGAGACAGACUUGUGCUCAGGAUUCUCUCCACACAAAUCAAGCCAAGACCAAAUGACCCUCAAUGGCGCUGGAUAACUACAGCCAAGAAGGUGACUAUGUGUUCUUCGGCUGCAAUUGUUCUUGGUAUUGCUGCGUUCACUCUUCCUGACUUAGCUACUCGUCCUGAAUACAAGCCAAUGAAGUGAAAGAUGAAAGGUAUCUUGUUUGAUGGAGAAGCAAGAUGAUGUAUAUCAGUUCUAUUCCUGCACUAUUAUCUGUGACUCUUAAAAUACAUUACUAUGAUCUGUCACCUAUGACUUGAGUAUUAUUAUAUCUGGAUGAUUUGUGAUCGCAUUGUAAGAUAAUUUGUGAUGUUGCUGACA